AUGCGUGGGUCGGCUCCACCACUACAGUGGUCCGACCGUUGGUUGCCCGAUCACACCAGAUCCACUGCUGCGGACGAGUCCCGUCUCCGGGAUUCCAUUGCAGAUGAUGAGAUCUACCCAGACAGCAACUUGCGAGGUGUGCCGGGACAGCUCGGCUGGGUCAAAAUCCUGGAAGAUCUGGAAGUGCAGUUCCUCUCAGAGCCCUUCAGCUUGGAAGGCCCACGUCGUGACGAGAAGGUGGCGCCGACCACCGACAUGAGCCAGCUGUCCCCGAUGAUGCGCAGAGUCUACAGGCCUGUGGCAAACUGGGCACAGGUAUUGGAGCAGCUCCGUUUGAAGCCUCCCCUCGGUCUUCAUCAGUUGGUGCACAAAUUGACGCCCCCGUCACCCAGGACAAAGCCACAGCCUGCGCCCAGAGUGAGCGAGCGACCUCCGGGUCCUUGGGAGCGGGUGCAGCAAGGAGCCACGCUUGCUUCAACACAACCAGCGCCUGCGCUGCAGUGGUCCAGUGCGGGGCGGCCAAAAUUGGUCUUGAAGCCUCGUGAUCCUCAACUGGGCCCGGUCGUGCCGGAGGUUGCUCCGACGCAGCCACAGCCACAAGCCACAGCCACACCUGCACAGCCUCCAACACAGACCAGGCCUGUGCCUGUACACUUGUCACAGCAGCACAUCACCUCAUCACCUCAGCAGCCGGCCGUCUCAACAAACAAGCAGUGCCCAGCGCAGCCCCAGCCUUCGCCAGCGGCAGUGCGGCAAUCACAGCCCGCCGGGUCUGAACAACGGGCCAGGUCGCCACAAACGGUCGUUGUCGGUGCAGUCCAAACAGCCGUCCAGAGUGGUGCCGUGUCACCUAGUGGACGGCCGAAGCUGCAACUGAAGCCACGAAAUCCAAGGCUUGCGGCUCCCGGUGAAGACGAAGCAGCGGCGAAGUCUUCGUCGGCACCCGCACCGCAGCCGCAGCAGCAGCAGCAGCAGCAGCAGCCGCCGCAACAGCAGCCGCAGCAGCCGCAGCAGCAGCCGCAGCAGCCACCGCUGCAACAGCCACAGCAAUUCCAGCAGAUGGCACCGCAGCAGCAACAGCAGCCACAGCCGCAGCCCGCAUCCCGUCCUCAGCCGCAAACGGUCGUUGUCGGUGCAGUCCAAACAGCCGUCCAGAGUGGUGCCGUGUCACCUAGUGGACGGCCGAAGCUGCAACUGAAGCCACGAAAUCCAAGGCUUGCGGCUCCCGGCGAAGACGAAGCAGCGGCGAAGUCUUCGUCGGCACCCGCACCGCAGCCGCAGCAGCAGCAGCAGCAGCCGCCGCAACAGCAGCCGCAGCAGCCGCAGCAGCAGCCGCUGCAACAGCCACAGCAAUUCCAGCAGAUGGCACCGCAGCAGCAACAGCAGCCACAGCCGCAGCCCGCAUCCCGUCCUCAGCCGCAAACGGUCGUUGUCGGUGCAGUCCAAGCAGCCGUCCAGAGUGGCGCCGUGUCACCUAGUGGACGGCCGAAGCUGCAACUGAAGCCACGAAAUCCAAGGCUUGCGGCUCCCGGCGAAGACGAAGUGUCGCAGCCUUCUGCCGUGCCAGUGCAACGGCAGCCCAUUCAGCCCCAAGGGCCAGCGCCACAAGCGCAGCCCCAGAUGCUUCCACAGCCAGCUCCAUCUGGCCCUGCUCUACAGCCAGAUCCUGCUGGCGGCCGGCCGAGGCUGGUCUUGAAGCCUCGCUCCGAGCCCCCGGCGCCGGCGCCUGCUGGUACGGUCUGCGUGGCUGCUUCCCAGGUGUCGUCUCCGGUUCGAAGAUCAUCGUUGGUGGGCCAGCCGUCCGUGUCCAAGCCAGGACCCUUGGCGGCAACGUCCCCGGCUCCCGCAGUGCCUGUCAUGGCUCAUCAGAAUCAGGCCGAGAUUCCUCAAAUGCCUGGGGCUAAGCCGCCAUCGCCGAAGAGCGAGGAGGUCGUUUCCCAAACGGCGAACAGAAGCCGCACAUCCUCGGACGUGGGUGCUGCUCCUACUCUGGCUGGGCCUAGUGGGCCGAGUGCAAAAGCAGCUCCAGCGCUCCAGAAGGACCCAGGCGGAGGACGUCCAAAGCUCGUCUUGAAGCCUCGUACGGCGCCAGUUCCCCUAGCAGGACCUUAG